CAGUUAAUUACAGUUGACACAUUGCGAUAUAUAGGAGUUGCUCCUGCCUGCCUGUGUGAACAGGCUAUCUUUAAGUUUGCCCCAAGAGCUGUGACUCUGGACUCUGAGAUAGACGGGAUGGAAUCAGUAAACAGUAAUGCAGACCUCAUAAAGAACGUGUGGGAGAUCAGGUUCAGAGACCAGGUCCAGAAGCAGCAGCUUGAAGGAGUGCGGGCGGAGCAAAGUGCCCUGGAGAAGAUCAAUCGAGAAUGGCAGAACCGUAUGGGCGACAAAUACAAGUCUCAAAGGAGGCAGGAGAAGAAGCCUCCGGUACCUGAAAGUGCACCACCAAGACCUAGAAUUUCAGUGAGCAAAACAAGGUCACCAGAAACCGAUAACGGGCCUAGUGGCUUCCCACUUGGUCGUCGACCUCUGUUGAAGACUCUUCAGAAGGGUGACAAGCUCUCCUUGCUGAAAAGCUCCCAGCCUAGUGGGUCAGUAUGGUCAACAUCUUGGAAGUUCUCCAAGGCACCAGGAGAAGGUUCAAACAAACCAGAGGGUUCUGAGUGGGGAAAGUCAUGGAAAUGCUUGAAUUUUCAACCACAGCUUGAUGGCCAAGCUUGGAUUGAGCAAGAGUGCACCAACUGUGAGCAGAGGGAGGUAAACUUGUGGGAAAAAACGGAUAGGCCUAUUGAUACAUUGCCAUCUUUGGAGAAUCAGUUGUCAUCAGAGUGGGAGACAUCUUGGAAGUAUAAAAAAUAUGGGGGGAAGAAAAUGGAGGGUGCAACCAACGAGCCCAUGUCUGGGCCGAUGGCUCGAUUAAUGUGCCUUGAGGCAUCACAGCGCAGAAAUGAGGAGAACUGCUCAUCUGAAUGGAGUCAAUCUUGGCAGAGCACAAAACCCUCCGAUGUGUGCUUUGAGGAAGAUAUGGCCCAGAAUGAAGAAAGUUAUCAACAGGGCAACGGAGAACAAUCCGAAUGCAAGUGGGGCUCAUCUUGGAAGUAUUUCAAUCAUCAGUUCCAUUCUGUAUCAAACUCCUCUGGAAAAACAUCAAAGGUAUCUGGAUGGGCUGAGGCUUGGAAGAUCUCAAAACCAGUUGAGAAACAUGAUGAGUCUUCAGAAACAUCAGGCGAUGUAUUGGAUAGUGCACCACUAGACCCCAAUGUUUAUGGCGUGAUAAUACCGGUAUGCAGGCCUGAGAAAUAUAAAUUAGGGAGUGCCCAGUUCUGUGAGGGAAAUAACCCCAUGGCUGAAUGGGGAAAUUCUUGGGAGGUUGCUAAAAACAUGUCCAUUCUAGAAAGUGUGAAACCCAGAAAGAAAGUGGAACCCAAGGAAAAGAAAGAUGAGGGAAUUAAGGUAGAAGAGAGUGAACCUGAUAACGGAUUGCCUAAAAGGCUCAAGCCCAAAGAUAGAUUGGAAAUUCGGCAAAAUCGUAUGAAUCUUCUUUUAAAAUGUGACCUUUCUUAUGAGUGGAAUGAGGCUUGGAAACUCCCCAGAUCUCAGCCUAAGAAAGACCAUUGUGCAAAGCAAGAUGCUGCUGUACUGAAUGGCCCAAUGAUCCUCCAACCCCAUUUGAAGAAAAGAUGUCUGCCAGAUUGGAAGGAAUCUUGGAAAUGCUCAAGGUCCCGGCCCAGUUUCGGCAAGCCCUCAGCCACUGAGUGGAAAGAUUCAAGCUUAUUAGGUUAUGAGCUCAGAACAGGCAGAGAACAGUGGAUGAGGGAGAUAGGCAUUGGGAAAAUACAGGACAAAUAUGAAGUAUUCUCUCUUCCAAAAAGGGGCAUAAAAGCAGAGAUGCUGAAUUCCAUUGGCACAAAAGAGAAGUAUACUUUUUCUCCUGAAUGGAAAGAGUCCUGCAAGUCUUUGAAGCAUCAGAUCAGAACUGAGGUAGUCAGAACUAGGCCCAAUAGAUCAAGGCAAUUUAGAGAGCCUGAAAAAGGAGAAACACCUGCGUCUGAGUGGGCCACAGCAUGGAAAUGCACAAAUGGUACACUGAACCAGGACAGCAGUCUUUGGGAUCAAGGCUGGUCCUCAACUGAAAAUGUCAGACAAGACAGAGGGGCAAGGGAACAUGAACACCACAACGAAGAGGUUCCUCACAAUGGCCCAACUGGAAACAGAGGAUGGCAUGACUCUUGGAGGUUCACAAGAGGACAGCACCGCGUAGAGGGCGCCACUGCAGCACAACCUUCAGCUCUGCCUGCUCAGCGACAGCAGCAGCGCAGGAGAAGCCCCCUUGCAGCAGGGUGGGAGGACUCCUGGAGGGUCUCAAGCACCCAAUGCAGACAAACCCUUCAUGACGGACCCUCUAUGAUAGAGUGGUCGGAUUCAUGGGAGUUCUCUGGAAUCAACUGGUAUGAGAGUCCACCACAAGAAAAAUGGCUUGAAGAAUCUAUGGAGAUCAGGCCCAGGAAAACCCUCCAUCGUGUGCCAAAAGUGGGGCAAUUUAGCAGAUCUUUCAACCCUGAUGUGUUUAAGGAGAGAGUUCCUCCAUCAGAAUGGAUGGAAUCGUGGAGAGUGGCAACCCUUCAGAGACACCACAAAAGAUUCACUUACAAAAGUUAUUCUCACUUGUUUGCCUCUCUUCUUGAGGCAGAAGAGGUUCCAUCCUGGGGCAAAACCUGGAAGUUCGUGAAUCUUCUCCCUCAUCAGAACAAGCCACUCUGGGACAAGGGUUGGGAAACCUUUGAAGUGGAAAAGCAGCCUCCAGUGCCUGAAUAUGUUCCCCUCUCAGAUGUACCACAGGGCAAACAGUCAGAAUGGGGAAUGUCAUGGAAGGUUUGUGGCCCUCAGCCUCUGGAGUGGGAUGACACUCCAAAAGUAUUCCAUCGUAAAGAUAAAGUGCUGUGGUCAAGGAGAAGGUGCAACGAUGACCUCUAUUCUCAUCUCAACUCCGAGGCCCUGUCACAGAAAUUGUGGGGCACAUCUUGGAAAUUCAUGAAGUCACAGAGUAAACUUGUGCCCCAAAUAAGUAAAACCUCAUCCAGUCAGUCAGAUAGCUCACUUAUAAUGCCCAAAAUAAAUAAAACAAAGAAGCACAUAUAUUCUGGAAUAGAAAAAUCCAGUCCACCACCAAAGAGGUGGACAGAUGCUGCGGAACUAGCCAAAACCCAACCCCGGACAAGGAGAGGCCCCACCAGAGGAGCCAAAGGCAAAACAGAGGCUGAGAAUAUGGCACUUGAAUGGGUUGAUUCAUGGAUGUUUUCAAACGAUUCAAUGAGUUCAAUGGAAAAAACAUUUUUGUCUGAGUGGGGUAACUCCUGGAAGUUCCUGCUGGCGCCAUACCCUACUGAAAAGAAAUCCCGGAAAGUUAAAAUGGCUGAGAGAGUUGAAGUGACUGUCAUUGACAACAAGCAGCUGCGCGACAGAUGGGAGGAUCGUGCCAAUGCCUUCAGCGAGAAAGCGAUAUUUGAGCGCAAACGAGUGAAGAAAAGUGCCCUUAAUGGCAUGGCUGGAAGUAAAGACCGCUUCACUAGGCUGUUUCAGGAAUGGAAUUACCGGCUUGCCCUCAGAAGUGGGCUCCCUACUUCGGGGGAGAAGAAGGCAAAAGAACAGUCGGAUUUCAGAAAGAUUGUGGUCGCAGCCCCGGAUGAAGAGCAAGAUGAGAAGGUCUUGCAAGCAAAGUUUAAGGUGACCGCUGCCCCGAGAAAACAGGCACCACCGCCUCCACCACCACCACAGAAAAAACGUGAGCCCAGACCUGCACCUCCACCCAAGAAAGACAGGGCACCGAAGCCAAAGCCAGAGGAGAAGAAACCUACCAGAGCAUCACAACCAGCCAGAGCACCAAGUGCACCAAAACCAGCCAAAGCUCCGAGUGCACCAAAACCAGCCAAAGCUCCGAGUGCACCAAAACCAGCCAAAGCCCAGAGUGCACCACAGCCCAUGACAGCCCCAAGUGCACCACAGCCCAUGACAGCCCCAGCAGCAAGGUCAAUUGUUCACAAGGACCUUCUGUCUGAGGCUGGCUGGAAUGAGUCCUGGAAGAUACUGAAACCCCUGAUAAAUAUGGAGAGAGCUUUAGGCACAGGAAGAGAGGCCUUUGAAUUUAAUGUACACAAGUACCGCUCUGUUCAACUCCCACAUGAUGAUAAGCAGCCAGCUUCGUCAGAGUGGAACAACUCCUGGACAUCCAUGAAAAAUGGAGAGGGCAAAGAUUAUCAAGUGGAACCAAAACCCUUGAGGUCUUUCCAGCAGCCUGAAAGUCUCAACUGCUCAGAGUGGGAACAGUCAUGGAAGUUCCAGAAUUUUGAGUUUAAUCAGCAAGUGGAAGCCUGGGGCCAGGAGUGGUCCGGUUAUCGCCGACAACCCAGAGACAAUAGCUCAGCUGAUGCUCAACUCGGUGGAGAUGCACCUCAGGGAUGGGAGGAAUCCUGGAAAUCCUUCAAACCUCCACCAAAACAGGAAAAUGAGCACCUGGAAUUAGAGGACUACUGGUAUAAGGAAUUCUUGGACUUGUACAAACAUGGAGUUUUUUGUCCUGGUUGGAAUGACUCCUGGAAAGUACAAGAAGUAAAAACUCAAUGUAAGGCUUUUGGGGAAGCAUGUUUGAAAGACUGGGCUGAGUCGUGGAAAUGCUCCUGUCAGCCCAGCUGGUGCGAGGAAUCCAUGCAUCUCCGUCAUCGCCAUCAUGUCUGGCUGAUGUCAAAACGCUUGAUGUGCAACAAACUAAAGAGCUCUCGGCUACAAGGAGAGCUGCCAUCAGAGUGGACAUCGGAGUCCUGGAAAUGCCUGAAAACUCAAACUCAGUCACAAGAGAUGGAGUCCAUCUCAGCAGAAGUAGAUGUUUCAAACGUACCUAUGCAUCUCCAGUUUCAUAUGUUGAACACAUCGUUCCCUAGUUGGGAUGAGUCAUGGUCUGUCUCGAGGAUGCCCAGGUCCAGAGAUGAGACACAGCCAAAACCCCAGUGGGGAAACUCCUGGAAAAUCUCCAACUCAAAUCCAUCCGCUAGAUCUGAUAUCAAGCAAGAUAUUGUGAGUUGGUCAAACGAGCACAAAGCCUAUAUGGAAUCAGACACAGAUCAUAUGAAAGAACACAUCACCCCAAGUGAGUGGAGUGGAUCCUGGCAGACCAUGAAGCCUCCAGCUCAAUCAGAGACAGAGCCCCAGCAAGACUUUACAGAGGCCCAAGAUAGUCUACCCAAUCACGUACAUCUUAUCGAAAAUCUACUUUUAGAUUGGAACGACUCCUGGAGAUCCUCAAACAACCACGCCAGCUCGAACACACUGUCACUGUCAAAAUGGAGUGAGUCCUGGAGGUUCUCAAACCCCAACCACCCUGAUGCUCUUCGACAGAAAGAAACCAACAGACAGAAGAACAGUGGCCUGAAGUAUCAAGAAGGUCCCCUCACAGGGGAGCCACAGUUCACAGAAUGGAGUGAAUCCUGGAUGUACCUGAAGUUUGACUCUCAGAAGCCUGAGACGCCUCGGGAGGACAAUGGGGAGUGGGGGGAGUCCUGGAGGGUGCUGAAUCCCCAACUCUACCUGAAGAAAGAGGCCUGGAGCGAGCAGGAGUUUGCCGGAGAGUUUGACGACCUCCGUCUGCAGCCGUCGUUCCUGUUGAAGGAAGAUAAAAAAGUACUUAGCCCUGAGCUCAGCAUGUCAGAAUGGAAUGAGUCAUGGAAGUUUUGGAAACAGGAGGCAGAGCACGAAAAGAAAUAGGACAUUGAGAUGAAUCGCUUCAGUACUGGGUGGUGCUCCUACACUGUUGUGUGUGUUGAUUUAAUGAUUUGUUUUUUUGUUGUUGUUGUUGUUGAGACAGUUGACUGAUGGUUUUGAGUUCCACAAAUGUGACAUAUAAACACUAUUCAUUGUUUGAUUUCUUAUUUGAAACCACUAAUGAAUCAUUGCACAGCAAAGCUAGCAACAGUAGAUGUGUUUGCUGUUACUAAGUAAUAUUGUAUUUUACCUCAGGCCAUAACACCAUAAGACAUUUCAUCAGAGUUAAAAUGGAUAACACUGGGGAGAAUAUAAAUCAGCAAACGUCUGGCAGCGAAGACUGCUUGUGUGUCUGCCAUACACACAUAAACUUAGGAAUAUACCUCAAGUUCAAUAGUAUUCAUAUUGAACAGAAAGAUACAUUUUGCAAAGGUCACUCCUCCACUUAAUUGAAAGUAUCAAGCACACACCCCUGUGAAGGUUUUCAGAUAUUAUUCAGAUGUCAAAUGUAAUGCAGCCAAAAUAUUCAAAGUACAUAGCUUGCUGUAGUGAAAUAUUUCCUUUGGUACUAAUUGUUUUACAUGGCCAAUGGAUACAUCUACUAAAACUUCUUGUCACAAAGUAAUUGACUGAUUAAGGUUUACUAUGGACUAUGAUAGAGUUCAACCUGACUUUAAUUACAGCAAGAAUGAUUUUCCAUUCAUACACUCAGUCUUACAGUACAUGUUGGAAGGUUUAAAGUUAGCUUCUUUCUGAGUUUGAUUGGUUUUUACAUGCUAAUAUAGCUAAUAGAAGUGCACUCUUAUCAAGGUAUUCAGUAAUGUUGUCCAGUAAUAUCACAGCAGCAUGCCAGUGUGGUCUCAAACCAAGGAUGGAUGCCUGUUAUCAACAAAAAUGAAUUGCAUCCUUUGUGCCAGCCAUCUUGGAAUUGAGCAUAAAAAUGCCUAUAAUGCUAUGACUAGUCAUCUAUUUCAGAAAUAGAUUUUUUUGUUGUUGCUUUGUUUUGAUCCUGAAAUGGUGUUUAUUCUUUAUUUAUUAUUAUAAUUGCAUCAAACCAGUGACUCAGAAGUAAAAAUGUUACUCAGAGAACACAGACUAUAGUGUACCAAUAACUUAGACACAGGCCUUAACUGCUGUUUUACGCUGAAGCUGUUUCUAUUAGUCUUAAACUGAUGAAAUUUGUGAUGGAUUCAUAUAAUUUAAUUUACUGUCCAUGUUUUACAUCCUAAUAUAAGCUUGCAUAAAAAAAAUGGCAAUAUUUUUCUGCCAGUUGUCAUAUAUACUUUUUUCCUUUGUUUAGAUACAUGGUUUAGUACUUGCAUUUCUCUAUGAGGGGCCGUCUAGGACAUAACUAUUGAGACACUCUCACACUCACUACUGAGAAACUCUCACACAUACUAAUGAAACACUCUUACAUUCACUA